AUGAACAUCAUCAGGACCGGAGGACACUUCAUCCGGCACAUUCUUCCACAUGGAGCACCCCCACAACUACGCCCCCUGGCGGAUAGAAUCACAGCCGCCUUCGGCCUCGGAGGUUGGAGUGCCGUGGAGUUUUCUGAACAGAUGGAGAAGCUGACGUCUCUGUUUAAGAAUGGGAGCUACAGGCAUGCUGAGUUACAUUUUCUCGAAGGGUUCAAAAAAGAAAAUCACAUGGAUAUAUCACCGAAUUUGGAUUAUCGUUGCCAGUCGGCGACAACUGGUUAUGGGUGUGCUGUGUCUGUGUACGAUGCAGAAGAAGCAGCCGAAAUAUGCUCCAGAGAUUCGAAUUGUAAAGCAUUUGUUAUGACUGGCAUUACAACAUGGACUG